UGGAAUUGUGGAGUCGUCGUCGAUCGCAGAAUUGUGAGUCAGCUGUUAUUACUUUCAGCCACUUCAGCGAAGCGUUCGGUCGGUAUUUCACCUCUCGUGCUCAUCGCAUUCUUGUAAUUUUUUUUAGUUCUUGACUGACAAGUUCUUUAGAAACCACACAUAUCAAAGAUGUCUUCUUGCACAGUACCCGCUGCCCCAGCUCCCCCAGCCCUCAAGGAUCUUCCAAAAGUCUCUGGAGACUUAAAGAGCGAGUUGGAAGGAUUCAGUGCAAACAAGCUGAAGAAUGCUGAGACUCAGGAAAAAGUUGUUCUUCCAUCUGCAGAAGAUGUAGCCGAAGAAAAAACACACCUCGCCCUGAUCGCGGGAGUAGAAAAUUUUAACUGCGCACUACUCAAAAGGACCGAUACCAAAGAAAAGAUCGUACUACCAAACGCGCAAGAUUUACAAGCAGAAAAGAAUGAGAAAGCGCUUAUAGAAGGCAUCACCAAAUUCGACGCCUCAAAACUGAAACAUACAGAAACUCAGGAAAAGAACCCACUUCCGGAUAAAGAUGCUGUGUUGCAAGAAAAAACGCACCAAAACCUCCUUAGUGGCGUGGAGCAUUUUGACAAAACCACUAUGAAGCAUGCCGAGACGACUGAGAAAAUUGUCCUACCCGACACACAAGCAAUUGAGCAAGAAAAGGCUCAAACUAACCUAUUGUCCGGCAUCGAAAACUUUGACAAUAGCAAGCUGAAACAUGCUGAAACCCAAGAGAAAAAUCCACUACCCACUAAGGAAACCAUCGACCAAGAGAAGAGCGCUUGAGUUGUCAAAUGAAGGCUGUCAAAUGUCAUUAAGUAAUGAGCGUCAUUCCUUGAUAAAAAGGAUUUAAUGAGACUAAAAAACAGCCUUUUGUGAUAAUUUUACUGGCCCAGAGCCCAUUUUUGACUCGAUGUGAAAAUAAUUUAAGCUAUACGUUACUUUUGACAUUUGGCGUCUAGAUUUAUGGCUCUUCCUCAAUCCGGAGGCUCAUUUUUAAAAGCCAGUUUUGUAAUUUUUUUACUUUUAUAUUAUAAUAUUUAAAACGAUAUAUUACUAUUUAUGAUGUACGAGACAUACUCUCAAUUUGAUAUAUAAUACUAUAUUAGGUAUGCAAUUAUGUUAUUUGUGGCGAACCUAGAUAUAUGAUAUAUUCUAAUAAAAUAUUAGUACAUAAGAUACCUACAUCAUGGAAACUGCAAUAAAAAAAAUAUUUUCAAGGUAAAUGUCACCUUUACUGUUAUGGUAAGGUUGCAUUUAUUUAAUAAAAUUUUUGAUACGAUGAGCGAAGCCAAAUGUGAAAAAUGUCCUGCCAUUUUUUAAAGGUGUCUUAUUUUUUCUGCUUAAAUUAGAAUUAUUUUCUGUUUUUUUUUAUUCGAUUUCACUAUUUUGCAUAAAUUUAUGGUGCUUUAAUAAAUUUGUUAAAAAACCAA